AUGCCUUUAUUUAUUUUUACACGUUUUAUUUUUGAUAAUCCAUAUAUGUCUUAUAAAGAUAUGAAAUAUGCACUUGAAAAUCAACAUUUGAUUGCAUCCGUUUAUUUUAUUUUAACUGAUGGACAAUCAUCAGGUGUGAUUAUAACAUGUAAUUGUUUAAAUUCUAUUUAUCCUAUUGAAUUAAAUUCUAUACUUGUACAAACAAAUUAUGAUCAUUGGUUAGAUCAUCCAUUAGAUGAUCUAAGACGAACAACAGCAAAAAAUAUUCUUCAAACAUUGAAUUUAACACAAAUGACAACAAAUAAUAUUUUUAAUAUUGUUUUAUCUGUUAUACCAGUACUUAAUAAAAUUACAAUUUAUACAGCUAUUAUGAAUCCUGGUGAAAAACAAGAGAUCUUUGCAAAAAUUCGUACAUUAAAAUAG